UCAGACAAUGGCAUAUUAUAUUGAUGUUGAGCAUGGUGCGGCUUUCGAAGUUUCUUUGACAUCAGAGGGAUCUGAAGAUUUUAAUAUUUACGGAACAUUCGUAUCCAAACAACAUAAUUAUUUGGUACAACCACCAAGGGAUAACCGAAGUACUUACACAGUAUCGCUGAUGGAAGAAAAGCUGAACACAUCGUUUGAUAAUAUUAAAUUGUCAGAUGCUAAAAUUACUGAAGGAAAGAUGCAGAAUCGCUCAGAGCAGACACUAAAUACCAGAGAAAAGCGACAGGCGACCGACUACGAGAUUGAAAUUUUCUUCGUGAUUGACUUUGCACUUUACAAAUGGACAUAUGCUUUGACUGAAGGAGAAAACGACAGACACACUGCCACAGUUAAUAAACUGUUACAAUUCACCUCUUUUAUAUUAAACGAGGUGGAUCUACGAUUUCAAAGUAUGAAAGACUACUCGUAUUCAACAUCCUGUCUUUUUGCUGGAAUUUACAUAGCUGAUGAUCCAAGCGAUUCGAAGUUUGUAGAAGAUCAUAUCAACAAUGCCGGACAAGCAUUGGCUCAAAAUAUACUAUAUUAUUUCUAUCAAUGGGGAGAGGCUUCAAUACGUCAUUUUAAUUAUGACCAAGCUACAUUGCUUACAGGGCGCGUUAUCGGAUCUUUAGAAGAUGGCCAAUUUCGUAAUAAUAUGGCAGGUAUGGCGUAUAGCCCGUCAUUUUUCAGCGGUCAACUGUUGCAUGCCGCAGUUUGUGGAAAAAGAGGAUAUUCUAUCAAUGAAGUAACAGAAUUCGGACCCUCGUUGGGAACAGUUGUCGCACAUGAGCUUGGACAUAAUUUAGGAUUUGGACAUGAUGGUGAUACAAAUAGCUGUUCAUUGGGAUAUAUCAUGGCGCCUAUUUAUCGAAUCACCGAGUAUUCAUCCACGAACUAUAAACUCUGGCAGUUUUCGUCUUGUUCACAGACAUAUUUUGACUCUUAUAUCACCACUUUGAAUCAUGCCUCUGAAAACUGUAUGACAGCAAGAACAGCGACAGGCAAUGAUUGACAUUGACCCUUAUGCAAAUGACCUUGCAGGUCAAGUUUUACAGUCCUGACACCCAAUGUGAGAUGAUGCAAGGAAAAGGAUCGUUUUUGUACAGGAACAAAUACAAGAGUGAUUUUUCAACAAUAUGUAGCACAUUGUUUUGCGCUAUGCCAAAAUACCAAGGUUAUUCCA